CAUCAAGGAAACAGAAAGUCCAGUGAUCAGCAAAACUGUGGUGCUUGCUUGAGAUCCUUGUCUGAAAAAUCUUUGUUGAGUAGCCAGAAGAUCUUUGCCACUAAUGAGCUCUCUGUAGCUGCAAUUCUAGCUUGUGGGCACGUCUAUCAUUCAGAGUGUUUAGAGCAGAUGACACCUGAAGUUGACAAAUUCGACCCUCAUUGUCCCAUUUGCACUCUGGGGGAGAAGAAAACAUUCAAGUUGUCGGAAAAAGCGUUGAAGGCGGAUUUGGAUAUGAAAGCUAGACAAAACAAGAGACUAAGGAACCGCGUUGUGGACAGCGAUGACUUUGUCAUGUUUGAUCACAACCACAAGACGGUGGUGGCAGGAUACAAAGGAAAAUCCCCAAAGCUAGUAUCGAGUUCGAGCUUAAGAAACUAUUCCCCAAAGCCUUUCCUUGCAAGACACUUCUCUUUCGGGUCCCGAAGUAACAGUGUUAAAUCCCCAAAAGAGAAUCAAUCUCUCAGAAAGAAAGGCUUCUUCUGGACCAAAUCUAGCAAACUUUGAAACUGUAAGCAUCUCCCUACAAGCAUCACCUUA